GGCGGCGGUGCCGGUGCGGGGGCCGCGAUGCUGCGGCUGCGCUGCAAGGCCCGCAGCGGGUCCCACGCGCUGCCCGCGCUGUCCCCGCACUCCCCGCUCCGCGACAUGCAGGCCGCGCUGGCCGCGCUCACCGGCGUGCCCGCCCCCGCCCAGCGUCUGCUGCUCGGCUUCCCGCCGCGCUCCCUCGACCUCAGCGACGGCGAGCGGCGGCUCGGCGAGCUCGGCAUCCACUCGGGUGACACCCUCAUAGUCGAGGAGGACACGUCCAAGCCCGACCCCGACCCGCCUGUGGUGGCCAAGAGAACCAUGUCCCACCCGCUCAGGGAGGCCGUGCCCGUGCUGGCCAGGAGGGUGGUCCCAGCAGACAAUUCCUGCCUGUUCACCAGCGUGUCCUACGUGGUGGAGGGCGGCGUGUACGACCCCGGCUGCGCCCCGGAGAUGCGGAACCUCAUCGCCCAGAUCGUGGCGAGCGACCCCGAGUCCUACUGCGAGGCCGUGCUGGGCAAAACCAACAGGGAGUACUGUGACUGGAUCAGGAGGGAGGACACCUGGGGGGGGGCCAUCGAGGUGUCCAUCCUGUCCAAGUUCUACCAGUGCGAGAUCUGCGUGGUGGACACGCAGACCGUGCGCAUCGACCGCUUCGGGGAGGACGCCGGCUACGCCAAGCGCGUCCUGCUGAUCUACGACGGGAUCCACUACGACCCCCUGGAGCGCCGGAUCCCCGACUCGGACAUUCCCCCCCAGACCAUCUUCUCCACGAGCGACGACGUGGUGCUGGCGCAGGCCCUGGAGCUGGCGGACGAGGCCAGGAGGAAGAGGCAGUUCACGGACGUGAACCGCUUCGCCCUGCGCUGCAUGGUGUGCCAGAAGGGACUCACGGGGCAGCUGGAGGCCAGGGAACACGCCAAGGAGACUGGACACACCAACUUCGGGGAGGUGUGACACGGGCAGCAUGAGGAUGGUUCCAUCAACUACCUCACCGGUCCAGGAUCAGAUUCUGGAUUCCCCCAGAUAAGCUGUUUGCAACCAUAAGGAAAACUCCGUUCGUGACAAAAAAA